CAACUGGACAGACCAGCGCACCCGGAAAAGCUUUUAAAACCGCUGAGCAUGUGUUUACACUGAAGUGAGCGAGCUUCAACUACAUUAUUAUAAAAAUAACUAAACCAACAUGUCUUCAAAGAUUCACAGUAACGAAGAUAAUUGUGAAGGAACGUCUGCUCUUAAGGAGGAAUUGAACAUCAAGAUAAAGGAGCAGAAGGUUGUAGUGGACGAGCUCUCCAAUCUGAAGAAAAACAGGAAAGUCUACGUCCAGCAGAGGAACAGUAACAUAUUCUUCCUAGCAGACAGAGGUCAGACACUGGGUUCAUGUAAAAAGGAACUCGAUAACAUGAAAAAGCACCUGCAGGAUAUGUAAGGCUGACCUUCAUCACAACAAUGUGUGGCAUCUUUUGUCUGCUGAGU